ACAGAAAAUGUUAUUUUUAACACACUGCAUGACUACAAUGAGGAUGCGAACGUUAUAUGAGAGUUGCUCAAUGAAAUCUAUUUGUGUUUAUUUUAUGUAGUUACAAUUCUCAUCUUUAUCUCCUAAACCUGGACAAAUUUUAACCAAAUUAAGUUAUGAAUCGUCAAUUUUGGGGGCUCAGGAUUUCCACUGCAAAUGUAAUUUAAGGUCAUUUCCAAAGAAAUAACACAAAUUGAAAAAGUUGUACAAAUGUUUUUGGACCUUACAUUAAGUAUUUUCUUAUUCCUAGUCAGCUUAUUACGGUGUUUUAUUGACUCUUGUUUUCCCUUAUCUCACAGACAUGUUUGGAGUUGGAGAGGUAUCUACUAACCGAACCCAAGCGACUCUCAGAGCUUUUUGACGAGAAACUGGACUGUCUUCUAACUCCGGCCUUUAUCGGUGGUGACAGUGAUGAGGACCUGAUUGACCCCGUCCACCCCGGCCUCCCCCAUCAGCCCAGCCCCGCUCCGUUCCUCGUGACUCUCCCAAAGGUCCAGGCCAAAAUCCUCCAGGUUCCCAAUUCGAGCAAGACCCAAGCAGCUUGCCCUGAAGCUCUCUCUGUCAAAGACCAAGUCGUGGGAGGGGUCAGCGCAGCACAGCUCAGUGCGGCCGUCACAUCCCUAACACCGCCCUCAUCGCCGGAGCUGGGCCGGCACCUCAUCAAACCCAUGCAGACGCUCACGGCAACGCCAGACGGCACAUUGACACUUAAGCUCGUGGCGAAGAAGGUGGGAUUAGGGGCGACCAAGCUGGUCGCGGCGAGGGCGCUACCGAGUCGAGGAGGAGCCCACAGUGACGGCGAGCACGGAGGCGGAGUGAGUCUGGAAGGAGACAUACCCGAAAACAAGAAGAGAGUCCACAGGUGCCAGUUCAACGGCUGCAGAAAGGUUUACACUAAGAGCUCCCAUCUGAAGGCACAUCAGAGGACCCACACAGGUGAGAAGCCCUAUAAAUGUUCAUGGGAAGGCUGUGAAUGGCGCUUUGCCCGCAGUGAUGAGUUGACAAGACACUACCGUAAACACACCGGAGCAAAGCCAUUCAAGUGCAACCACUGCGACAGGUGUUUUUCUCGAUCAGACCACCUGGCUCUUCACAUGAAGAGGCACAUUUGAGGAGAGAAUGAGAGAAGAAGAAGAGGAACGAGACUUGGAGUAAAGAGAGAAGAAGGAAGAGUAAAAAGGAGAAAGAGGGAUGGGCUUCCGAAUGUCUGCCGCAUUCACCCCAUCCAAACACUGGUGGCCUCAAAUAGCCUUUUGGAGAUCAGAUCAGGAGGAAGAUGAGGAGUAGCUAGAUUGUUGUUCUUCUUAAAAAUUACACAUUCACCCAUUUUGCAAUAGAGACCAUUUUACACACCUGUCUCUAAAUGCAUCAUCCCAAGCUGUACUCAUACAGCUCUGGGGACUUGGACACUGCCAAAACAACGUGUACCUAACUCACCGGAUGAACCAUUGCGUCGCCUUAUUUUCAUUUUUUCUCUCUGUAUCAGUGUGUUUACAUUAUUAAGUCACUUUGGUUAGCAGCUAGUCCAGUAAGGAAGCGUUUAAUAUUAUAGUCAGCUGUCCGUGCUUUACAGGCUUAUGAUACGCAAUUUUUCUCUUUUUUUUUUUUUAUACACUGAACGUGAGAACAUUAAAAAAAAAACGUCAUCUGCCACAGCAACAACUUUCUAUCAUUUACGAGAAGAAAACAACAACGGCAAAUCUGCGGGAGAGACACUAUACGGAUUGAUUCCUAGCAUUGCUGGCCAUCAAACCCAGGGGUCAGAUGCUAGGCGUGGAGAAGUGCCGGUGGGACCUCGGCCAGCAGGUGAUGCUGCAGCUCUCAUGCUCUCCCCCAGGGGGGGAAAGUAUCUCUCACCUUCACCUGCAGCCCCAGCGGGCUAUCCGACAGAAAUGCGCAGCGACACUUUCUUCUCUUUUUUUCUACUUGAAGGAUAAUAAUUCUUCCUAUUGUUGUUAUUUACAAGAUACAAGUUGUUUUUCUCUCUGGGAGAAAUUGUCUUCAAAUCGCUAAGACGGCUUUGAGAAUACACCGAAAAUCUGAGAUGACUUCUGCGGAACGUGUGAGAAGAGAAGGAGAGCAUCGUUUGUCUUUUCAUCCCCGUUUGCACUGAUUGUGCAUCUGCAGUGUGUGAGCAACCAGUGGAUGAAGAGAAAGAGAAAACUAAAUCAGCACCAGGGGAACCGAUAUGUGUUUUGUUUGGACUGAAAGGAAAGAAAAACACAGUGGUCUUAAAAAAAAGUUCUGCCCUGAGACUAACGACUGAAAAACAAAACCCUGGUACGACCUCCCGUGGCUUCAUAUGUUACCAGCAAGAAGGAAAAAUGUUGCAACCCAUAUUUUAUAUGUUUUUGUUUUGUUUUGUUUUGUUUUACAAUUAUUAUGAGAAAAAUCAUCCACGAGUGCUUUCAAAGACUGGGAGAUCUCAUCUCCCUGGUAUCACCACAGGCAUAGAACAGAGACCGAAGUGCUACUUUUUGGUUAUCAAUAUGGGACGAGUGAUGCCAACUGACCUCAGCAGGUCAGCUCUGAACAGAUUUCAACCUUCAUAUCCCAAUUUCUAAUCAUAUUAGCUCAUAUUUGAAUUUUGUUUGCACUUUUUAUCUAAACAAAAAAAAAAAAACCUUUUUGAAAAUUAUAAAAAGGCUUUAAAAAAUGCAUCACAAAGGGAUUCAUCUCACUCUACGCUUUGCAUAUAAAACAAGCACACUUAGUAUUCACACGCGUUCACUGCAGUUCCUAGGCUCACUGCACUGCUCCUCUCAAAAAGAGACUAACAAUAUUCUGGAAAAUAAUAGUUAAACUAAUGAAUAGAUGAUGACAACAAAACAUCACGUACACUGUUCAACUCACGAACACAUACUCUUUCUAAAAAAUGUUCUGCUCUCGAAUCUUUUUUCACAGUAUGCAGUUAUUGUUUUGUGGAAGAGUUUCUUAGCUCCUGGCUGGGAGUAACAAUCAAUCCCAAACCCCUUUGAAGUGAGAAAUAUUCUUGUUCUCUUAUCCAGCAUUUGCCACAGUUUGCAAAUCUCAUUUAAUCACCCUGUGGUUACAAGUUUGGUUAAAAGUACGUCAGUGUUUUGAUCAGAAAUAAGCUUAAGUAAUCCAACAAGGAAUAAGCGGUGUGGACAAUGAAUGAAUGAAUGAAUUAACUAAUUAGCUACAACAGAGGAAAAUGUAUCUCAAUAACAAUGGUCUUACAUUCUAAUGUGCUUUCACGCCUUCUGCUGAAUCAGUUUUAUGAUCAUGGAAAGGAACCGAAAAUAACUGAACAUUGACUGUACCUGUCAACCUGGUCAAUUAAUCUUAACAACAUUCAAUAACACAGAAACAUACAUUUCUAAUAAAGAACAAAACAAAAACAUCAAUCUCUUUAGAAAGUCAAUUUUUGUUUAAAACAUUUUUGGGGGUUUUGACCUAUGGAAAUUAAAUAUUUAUGUAUUUGAGGGUUUUCCCAUCGGAUCGUCUUUCUGCUUUCGACACCAAAUGAAUUAUUUUUUUAAACUCUACUAUUUAAUGCACGUUGGCUAGUUUAGUUUGGCUUUGUAAAGUUUUUUCUUCAAUCAAUUUUGCAGUCAGGCCAGUCCUUGUCCCUUGAAAAAAGACUCCUGCUGCAUUUCCAAAGCCAUACGUAAUAUUUUGAUGAAAACAUUGACUAACAUCUAUUGUGACUAAAUGUAGUCACCAAAGUAACAGUAAAUGAGUAAUAAAUGAGAAGUUAUUUCCAUCUUCAAAGCCUACAUCCAUCAAUCAUUCAUUUAAAAAAAUAAAAUAAAAUAAAAUUCUCUGGCACUGAGC